UGGUAAAAGCUUUACUUAACCACGUAAUUCCAAGGUUUGGGGUUCCUCUAGGAAUGGCAUCAGAUAGAGGAACACAUUUCAUUGCGACAGUAGUAAAAGAAGUAUGCCGCAUCCUGGGAAUUGUCUGGGACCUACAUACCCCCUAUAGACCUCAGGCUAGUGGCAAAGUUGAACGAAUGAAUGGCACUUUGAAAAUGCAAAUAAGUAAAAUUUGUCAAGAAACAUCUAUGUCCUGGGUUCAAGCUUUGCCACUAGCUCUGCUGAGGAUUCGUAUCCAGCCGAAGCGGAGAGAUAACAUAAGCCCAUAUGAAAUACUAUAUGGAAGACCAUAUCAGGCACCACACAUACCAGGGGAUGUACACUUAAGAGGGAGAGCCGAUUUACAAAAAUAUUUGAUUGCUUUAGGCUCUACUUUGCAGAAGCUGCAGAAGGUCAUCGAGUUAUCCAGACCCAUAGGACUGGACACUCCUGCUCACCCAUUCCAACCAGGAGACUGGGUCUACGUCAAGUGGUGGAACAGUGACCCCUUGCGAGCCAAGUGGAGAGGACCAUACCAAGUCCUGCUGACUUCCCUCACCGCCGUCAAGGUUGCUGGCAGAGAACCCUGGUUCCACUACUCCAGAGUCAAGAGAGCAUCAGCUCCUGGAACAACCAACCAAUCAGAACCGGACACUGAUGACGAAGAUGUGGAAUAGACUGCUUGUUCUGUGUAUUCUGUUCGUGCAACCGGUAACUAUGAACCGAG